CUAGCCUCACUCAAUAUUUAGGGUUUCAGCUCAUUUUCACAUCCAGCAUUCUCACACCUUCUCUUCCGUUCACCACCGCUCGCAGCAGAGAAAAUGGCUCCAAAGAAGGGUGCAAAGCUGCCGGUUGCCGCCAAGAAGAAGACGGAGAAAGUUGUAAAUCCACUCUUCGAGAAAAGGCCCAAACAGUUUGGGAUCGGCGGUGCUCUUCCCCCUAAGAAGGAUCUUCACCGAUUUGUGAAAUGGCCGCAAGUUGUGAGAAUUCAGAGGAAGAAGAUGAUCCUCAAGCAGCGUUUGAAGGUCCCGCCGCCAAUUCACCAGUUCUCCAAAACCCUAGACAAGAACUUGGCAACAAGUCUCUUCAAAAUGCUUCUCAAAUAUAGGCCUGAGGACAAAGCUGAGAAGAAGGAUCGUCUUCUGAAAAGAGCUCAGGCUGAGGCUGAGGGAAAAUCUCCCGAAACAAAAAAGCCUAUUGUGGUGAAAUAUGGCCUCAACCAUGUGACAUAUCUCAUCGAACAGAACAAAGCUCAACUGGUUGUCAUUGCUCAUGAUGUCGACCCAAUUGAGUUGGUUGUGUGGCUCCCUGCUCUAUGCAGGAAGAUGGAGAUUCCUUACUGUAUUGUGAAAGGGAAAGCUAGAUUGGGAACUAUUGUCCACAAGAAGACUGCCUCUGUUUUAUGCUUGACCUCAGUUAAGAAUGAAGACAAGAUGGACUUCAGUAAGAUCCUGGAGGCAAUCAAGGCCAAUUUCAAUGAUAAAUACGACGAGACCAGGAAGAAGUGGGGUGGUGGUGUUAUGGGUUCGAAAUCUCAGGCCAAGACUAAGGCCAAGGAGAGAGUUCUUGCAAAGGAAGCUGCACAGAGGAUGACCUAGAGACAUUUUGCUAAAUAUGUCUAUUAGGGUUAGAAUCGAAUAUGAGUAUUUCUGAUGUGCAACUUGUUUUCCCCAGGUUCAGAUUAGACAUGAAUUUUGUUUUUAUUUUGAAAUUGCCCCUUUUAUUUUUAAAUCGAAUCUGCUUCAAGUGGACUACAUGAAUCGAGCUUGUUAUUUAAAGUUUUUCUGGUUUUGUUGAAUUUAUCUAUGUAACUUGAUGUUUGAUCUGUGCUAUUCCUCUGCUGUGUCCUGAUCAUUAAAA